UUUUCAAGUAAAUUAAACUUUCUCAUUUUCAUCUUCACCAAAUAAUACUAAUAAAUGUAUUUUCCAACAAUGGCUUUAAGUUGGAUUAUUACCAUUGCAAACACAAUUACUCUUGGAAACUCGAAAUCACAAUCAUCAAUCGAAUUCAACAAAAAUCAAACGAAUAAGAGUAUCAUAUCUAUUUCGAAUGAAAAGAAUUCCGAGUUUUUUCAAAUGCCUCUUCAUUAUCCGAGAUACACAAAACAUGAUUACGAGAAGAUGGAUGAAUGGAAGAUCGAUGCUCUUCUAAGAGAAUAUGGACUUAAUUUUCAAGGGAGUGUUGAUGAGAAGAGGAGAUUUGCUAUAGGUGCAUUUUUGUGGCCAAAUCAACUUUGAUUUUUGUCCUAAUUUGGUCAUUUAUGUUUUGGUUUUGAGAUUGAGACGGAGUUGUUAUUGUUAUUAUUGUUGUUAUAGAUGUCGUUAUGACUAGUUCGAGUUUAAAUUUGUCCUACUUGUUUAAAUAUAUGAUUCUAACGUGUUUGAGAUUGAGAUGGACCAGUUGUUGUUAUAGCUAGACAAGUUUAAAUUUGUCCUUAUUGGUUAUGUAUGAUCUGUUUUUUCUUAUAUAUUAUAUAGAUAGUGAAAUUUAACUUGUUUCAAA